AUGUGGACAAGCGCCGUUGCAGUGUUUCUUCUCGCAUCGGCUUCAUCAGCCGCUUUCCUUGACCUGCUUGGUCGAGCGAACAAACUCUGUCCAACAGUCGUUGAUACCAAUACCACGACGUCGACCUUAAGUGUUAUCGUUCCGCCCAUCACAGUCACGGUUACUCCAAGCCUUCCUCAAGCCACGCCGUCCACUGUACUAGGAUGCCUAAGUGAUGCCCAAGCGACAAACAUAGUCAGUGCGUGGAAGACUAUCCUUAGCUCACCGGAUCGAGCGAGCGCGAGUGCCACAGCUCAGGCGUUGAUUGCGGAUGAGUACCUGGAAACAAGUGACUCGAUCAAUUCUCUAGCUGGAAAUUCGGUACGUCUCACCACCAAAGCUUUUCUUUCCAUCCUCUUUUUCAAGCACUCAUCAAGCCCUGAUCAAUCGGUAACUUGGAAGCAGUUGGGAAACGCCACCUUCUCUGGCAAGGACAGCUUCAUCGCCGCCGUGCUAAACAACCCACCCAUUCCGCUCUUGACCACCUUGGACGUCUUCCACGAUUGCAGUCGGAUUGCGUUCUACUGGGCUGCCAGUGGAGUAGGCUCGGGGGCCGAGGACGUGAGAGGGGUCGACCUGCUGUACGUUACUGAGGACAAGGAGCAGAUCAUCAUGGCCAUGGUCGAGUUUAACAGCCUUGCGUGGGCCAAGGAUGUGGGAUGGCAGAUUGUGAGGGCGAACGGAACAAAGUAUUGA